AUGGAGGCGCAACUGUAUCAAGCUGCCUUCUCCACAUUUGGUGGUUCCAUGGGCGUGCGCCCAUUGCGCGAUGAUGAAGAAAGCUGGUAUGACCAGAUUAAGGGCAACUUCAUGUUUCCGGUUGAAGGUGCCUUUGCUUCGCCGCCAACUGCUACUGAAGGCUUGUCGCGUACAGCCAAGGCAAAAACUGGUGCAGGUGGAUCGAAAAGUUCUGGGAGCGCGGGUUCUCGUAACCCUGAAGCUGGCGCGACUCCAUCUGUGCCCGAAGAUGAUGAGGCGGAAGAAGAAGAAGAUGCUGAUGCCCAGCUUAUUGGCAGGAAGAGAGGUAGGAGCGAAGCCACGGCUGGUGUGGUUUCCGCGCACACUGCUGUCGUGAUUCCCGUGGUUGGGAAAACGAGCAACCUGCGCUCGUUGUAUAAAUUUUCUCCGGAGAUCAAGAAGAAGACCCCUGAGAAGGGUGUCAUGUUCAAUGAGGCUGCGUCGAAGAGGCCGAAGAUUACCAUCAAGUCCUUUGAUAUUGCUGCUCAGGACGCCGCGAAGGCUGCUGAGGCGCAGCGAAAGGCGGAGGAGAAUCAGAAGAGAGAAGAAGAAAAGAAGAAGAAGAUUGAGGAGGAGAAGAGGAGGAAGGAUGAAGAAGAGAGAAAGAGGAAGGAGGAGGAGGAGAGAAAAAGGAAGGCGGAGGAGGAGAGGGUGGCCGAAGCGGCGAAGAAGAGGGCCCUGGAGAAGGAGUUAGAAAAGAAGAAGGCUAUGGAUCAGCCUGUUAAUGUUCAAGGGCCCGAGGUCGCAAAACCUACCCACUCCGCGCAUGUCAUUACUUCUAAGGGGUCAGGUCGUUUCACCUCUAGCGGCGCGAGCUCUGGUGGAGCGGGGGGUUAUAACCCGAAUGUGAUUGGGGCGAAGGACACCGUUGGUGAUAUCUAUUAUAAAACUUAUAAUGAAGAAGAACGCGGUGAUGCUCCUCAUCAAGCCCCCUGGAGCUUAAAACAGAAAGAUACCUUCCAUGAGUUCGGCCCUUGCCGCGAGUGGUUCUUGAACUCGUUUACUUCUGCAGAGGUCAAUCGGCAAAGGGCGAAGCCCCAUGAAUUGUUAUAUCGCACCUUUAUACUUGGAGAGGCCAACGCUCGUGCUGCCAAUCACCAGAUAGUUCGCGAAUGA